AUGAAGGAGGACAACAGAAGAUAUCUGGAGGAAAUCUACACUGGAGAAAGAGAUGAAGACGUGAACGAGGACACUGAAAACUGUAAGCUGCACUACAAGACUAGUGGAUCAACAGAGGAUAAGGAAAAAUGUGCUGUGCAGCCCUCUGUGCCUGUGCUGAGGAAUGCCACACCCUCAGCAGGACCCUCAAAAGUGUGCAACUUCUACAGGGUCUCCACCCCAGCUGUGAGCUCAGCAUGGCUCCUGCCAUCAGACUCCAGCACAUGCUGCCAGCAGCUCACGGACAGUGCCUGUCUUUACCAACGAGCUGAAAAUUGUCAAAGUGCACCGUUCUUUGGGGCAGAAAGUGCUCUGCAGCCCUCUGUGCCUGUGCUGAGGAAUGCCACACCCUCAGCAGGAAGUGUGUGCAACUUCUAUGGGGUCUCCACCCCAGCCGCGAGCUCAGCAUGGCUCCUGCCAUCAGACUCCAGCACUUGUUGCCAGCAGCUCAUGGGCAGAGCCUCCCUUUACCAACGAGCUGGCACUACCACGUUGACUGCACUGACCGACCAGAACCAGAUCUCCACCCUGGCACUCCCCUAUGCAGGUGUUCUCCAGUGUGAUCUCACAGGAAGCUCUGACAGGAGAGAAACUGCAUUCCAGGACUUCACUGUAACUAUCAUUGACCAGAAUACCACACUCUCCUCCCUGGCUAUGACAGCCCAGUGUGAUAACAUUCUAGAUCCCAAUGCCUUAGUCCCUCUUUAUCCGACACUCUCUGCCAGCCUUGUCCAGGCCACCCCAUCAGAGGUGCCAAAUCAAGGAUACAACCUGGCACCUUCCUACCAGGAUGGCAGCCAGCUCUAUUACUACAGCCUCAACAGCCUGGGCCCUCUGACGGCUGGAGAACUCGAGCAGUGCCUGCAGGCCUAUCGCCUUGUGUCCUACUCUGGAACUCAGGCCUCCUCCCUGCAGCCAGAGGUGGCGAUGAUGCUAAAGGAGUUUCAGUCAGUGAACGUCCAAACACCUUUCUCCACCUCUGCUAUCUACUAUCCCACAUCUGCUCAAGCCAUGCCGGACACCAGUCUUCAAGUGGUGGAAAUGGAGACGCCCCUGGAAUUGACACCUUCAGCUCAGACAUUCUGUUUGCUGCAGAGUCCAGACCUUGGCAAUGCCUGCACCCAUGACACCCGGAUGAGGACACCACCUGUCAGCGAGGACAGGUCAUUAACUGCCCCCAUCCACAGUCCUUCAGAACUCCUGCCCUUGCCUCCAGCUCCAAGCCUGGAACAAACAGAAAAUAACAACUUGGAUUUCAAGACAGCCGAUCUAUCAACACCUCUGGUUACCUAUGAGUGCACAAAAGAAAACCAAGACCCAGCACGCCUACCUUUAGUGCACCCCGACAUGCAGCAGACCCUGAAAUACACUGAUGCUGAAAGCCUACGACAGAACCUUGUUCUUGACAAUGACGCCUUGGGAAACAGCAGCCUAGGUCAAGAAGAGCCUGGGGUGCUUCAGAGUGUGGUGGGCUCCAGCAUGGACUUUGCAGACAUGACUGCACUCGUGGCAGAUAUUCACCUUCCCCAACUCUUCAGCUCCCUCACAGAGCUAAACCAAUUCCAAGAUUCCCGAGCAACUCAAUCCAAAGACUCCACAGUCAUCAGGAGGGAUCAGGCCCAGGAAAGCUCCAGCGCCAUCAGUGUACUCUCAGACCAAGUAAGAAAGAAUGACCAGAAAGUCUCUGAGCUGCCUGAUGGAGCUCCUCAAGCCAGAAUCCAGCUCCAGAAACUGGUGGAGGGAGAAGAGGCUGUGGGCAGUGCUGGGUUCAGUGAAGGGGCUUUCGACAACAUGGACAAGCACCUGGAGGGCAAAGCUCAGAAAGUCACACCCAGCAAGCGCAGCAGAGCUAGGGCACAUGGGCAAGACAAGGCCAAGAAGAGUAGAGAAAACAACUCCAAGAAAACAGAGGAGCUGAAGCCAUCAAGUCACAGAGUCAAGGCAGAAGAGAAGCCCAACAUCCCCAAGACCAAGAGGAAGAGGAAUCCUCCUGAGCUCAGCCACGACAGCUUUAAGAAGCCUCGAACUCACCUCGGCAUGCACAUGCUGGAGUCCGUGCAGGUCUUUCACCCACUGGGGAAGAAGAGUGAGAAGAAAACUGGCAUCUCCUCCUCCCGGGCUCUGCCGAACUUCAGCAGCAACAAAGAUCCCAGGACAGGUUCGGAUACCACAUCCCUGCUGGAUAUGCCACGUGAGGACCAAAGCCUUGACAAAAGCCUGGGCAAGAUUCAGAGACCAGGGAGCAGUGCUCACAAGCGGUGUCCAUCUCCAUCCCAGUAUGAGCUGCCCCCACCUGGGAAGGUCAAGUUAGUACCUCUGCCUUUCCCAGUCCUGGACAAGCCUCAAACCAAACCUGUUUCUAGAAAGCUUCUCUGCCUGGCUUCACGCAGGCCCACUGUGGCUUACCCAGUGAGGCCUCACUCCCACUCAGCUCAGCCUCCCACACUCAAGCCAUCCCAACCAGCUCCUGCCAGCACAUCUUUGAUGGCCUCUGACAAGUCAGCUCUGCCAAACGGCACCAGUGCCACACGAGCCAACAUAACCAAGCCCAUCCAGUCUUGCACUGAGCCUCAGCCGGCUGCCUCUUUGCCUGCACCCUACAGAGCAUCAUCUCACACUUCACUCCACAGGGAGCCUCUUUCUGCUGCCAGGAACAAGGCCCUCUCGUCUCCCAAAGCUAAAACCCAAUACCUGCUGCUAGACUUCAGUUGCCAACCCAUCCCAUGGAGGAAAGUGGACAUUCCAGGGCCAGUCUUCUCACAGCCCAUCACGGAAGAGCAGAGGCCAGAGAGGGAGGCCAUGAAGAGGCAGGCCCAACAGGAGCGAGAGAAUGCUGCCAAGUACACCUCUCUGGGAAAACUGCAGUUUUUCCUUCAGAGGGAGAAGGAUAUGGAAAUUUCGAAAUAUUAUGGCUAUGCAAUGUAA